UGAUCGCCUGUAAACAGGAAAAUGCCGGUUAUCGGCAUUUUUCUCCUCACAAGCUGGCACUGAUGAUCAGUGUGCCCUGAUGAUCAGUGUAGCCCCAGCAGUGCCACCUGUCAGUGCCCAUCAGUGCCACAUCAAUGCCACAUAUCAGUGCCUACCAAUGCACAUCAAUGCCACAUAUCAGUGACCAUCUGAGCUGCCUUUCAGUGUCACCCAGCAGUUCCAGUCAGUGCCACCUAUCAAUGCCAAUCAGUGCCACCUAUCAGUGCUGCCAAUCAGUGCCACCUAUUAGUGCCAGUCAGUUCCGC